AAAAUGUUUCCACUGCCUGAACCUUUAAGAAAGAGUAUUUUACGCAAUUUGUGUUUAUUUUAAAAUCUAAUUUUUGUUGCUAUGGAUUAAACCGUAAAAUAACGAGGGUUCCUUUUUGGUAGCGAGCUUGAUAUCAUGAUUCUUUGAACUCAUUUGGUUUGGUUGAGCGGAUACAAUUUUUGACCUAUGUCUGGGUCUCAAUGGGAUAGCCCUAAUACACGUAAACAUCACUACUACUGCUACUACUACUACUAUUACUACUAUUACUAGAUACCUAAGGGACUUCUUAUGGAAACGCAGUGUCCCUCUUCUUUUAAUCAAGCACUCACAUUGUCCUCGAUAUUGGCGCAGCUUCUUCGUAACAGCAUGGAUUUUCUUCGGCAGCUGUUGAACGCCUGCGGCGGUUUCUUGUUAGCCGUUGUGGUUGUGCGAACCAUCGCAUUCGCAUCUGAACUUUGGCGUUGCAGAAGCCUAAUGAAGAAGCUGAAAGACAUGGGGAAGCCCAUGCCCCAGCACAGCACUCUCCUGGGUCAUCUCAUGGCGGCCAAGACUGCCACUGACGAGCUUCCUCCAGGUGCGCAUAGCACUUAUAUUCUCGACCGCAUAGCUAGGAAGCUAGAUGGUGAAAAUGGCCCCCCGGCGUAUUACUUUGACAGUUACCCUGUGAGCGUUCCUAUGCUUAUAGUACGAGACCCUUACAUCGCCAACCAGGCGACCAAUCAUCCCUGGGUAUCGGCCGAGAAGCCUUUCACCCUUACAGAAUGGUUUGCGCCUAUCUCGGGAAAAGGAGGUGUCAACCUCUUUACUCAGAAUGGCCAAGAGUGGAAACAUGAUCACGAUCUGUUCCUACCCUUCUUUAACAAUAGCAACCUUGAUGCUGCUGUGCCCGUGGUCAUUGAGCAGAUGUUGGUUUUCCGUGAACUUCUCCGGGAAAAAGCCCGCAAAGGAGAUCUGUUUCGUCUUGAACCAUUGGCGUUAUCGCUAAUGAAUGAUAUUAUUGGGCUUGUAGUGUUUAACGCUGAGCUAGGCAAUCAGACAUCCGGCUCUCACCCUCUUUCGAAGACUAUGCUCCGCCAACUCGGAUUGAAGUUCGGUGCGAACAAUAUUAUAGAUAACCUUGGUCAGCUUAAUCCAUUCAGGAUCUUCAGCAUCUGGAAUAAUAGCCGUAUCUUGAACCAACACAUUCGCACUCAAAUUACGAAGCGGGUCAACGCAUUUCGUAAUGCUAAGACACGUCACGAACAGUCGGCUUUCAAUUCAAUCCUAGACCAAGCUCUCGAGACAUAUUACUCCCAGCCAGGCCGAGAGCUGUCUGAACCACUCGAUAAGCAAUUCUUGGAUUCGUUAUGCGCACAGCUACGCAUGUUUUUCUUUGCAGGAUACGAUUCUACCGCAAGCACGAUGGUUACAAACUGUUAUCUGAUCUGGAAGCAUCCAGAGGUCCUGGCUAAGCUCCGCGCUGAACAUGAUGAAGUUUUUGGGCGGAAUAUUGCAGCGUGUCCGGACAUGAUCACCGAGAACCCAUCCAUUCUCAACUCUCUUCCGUAUACUCUCGCCGUGAUAAAAGAGGCGCUGCGACUCUUCCCUCCUGCAAACGGCAUUCGAACGGGAUGUAAGGAUCUAGUCUUGAAAGGUCGCGAUGGCACUGAGUAUCCUACUGAGGGCUGUGCCGUGCAGGCGAGUCACUUUAGCAUCCAUCGGAAUCCCAAAUGCUGGCCGCGACCACUCGAGUUUUUACCCGAGCGAUUUCUCGUGGGACCAGAUCACGAACUCUAUCCAGAAAAAGGUGCUUGGCGUAUCUUCGAGUAUGGUAUUCGAAAUUGUACAGGCCAGGCUUUCGUCUUAAAGGAAGUGAAGGCCUUCCUCGCUAUUAUAUGCAGAGAAUUUGACUUCCAGGAAUGCUAUGACGAGGUCUAUGCAGGAGAGAAGCUGGAUCUGACGACUGUGGAUAAUGAGAAAGCAUACCUAAUAGAGCAUGGUUCUGCACACCCGCGUGGAGAGUUUCCAUGUAGAGUGUCUCUGAGCGGAUACGUCCCUAAGGAAGCCAAUCUCUAGAAAUGACGCUUUCCCUGAACGAUACGAUAAUCCCAUUGGCAAUGCUGAUUUGUGAAGCCGUCUCAUAUCCAAGGGUUAGUUUAUAUCGUUCAGCUAAUUCCUGAUUGCGGCCUUCAUCCGACCGAAAGCUUCACAUAUGUUAUAAUAUUGAUAAUAUAGGGCAAUGUAUAUAACAUAUAAUAUAUCACAAUUAAUCUACGUAUGA